CCAAGCGGGAGAGUCCUCUUUAAGUCCAUAAAACCCCAAAAGAAAGACGUGGCAGGGAAGCAAAGGAAGGUCCGAAUUUAUUUGUCCCUAUCUUUCGGCAAUCGCCGCCUAGUCGGAACUCCCGAUUCCUGACUCACCAGCGCAAGCAAUCAUGUCCAUGAUUGAUUGAGUGAACCAACGUCUUAGGGUUUCUUUUUCCAAUUAGAAUUGUGGGUUCGAGAUUGGAGCUUCGAAAAUGUCUCUGAGAAUCAAAGUGGUGGUGGACAAGUUUGUACAGGAGCUCAAGGAAGCUUUGGAUGCGGAUAUUCAAGACAGAAUCAUGAAGGAGAGGGAGAUGCAGAGCUACAUCGAAGAACGCGAACGCGAAGUCGCCGAGCGUGAAGCUGCUUGGAAAGCCGAGCUCUCUCGCCGUGAGGCAGAAAUUGCCAGACAAGAAGCAAGGCUGAAAAUAGAGAAGGAAAACCUUGAGAAAGAGAAGAGUGUUCUGAUGGGAACUGCAUCAAAUCAAGAUAACCAAGAUGGAGCUCUUGAAAUCACUGUAAGUGGUGAGAAGUAUCGAUGUCUUAGGUUUGCCAAGGCAAAGAAAUGAAUGCAUUAGAAAGCAGGAUGAAAGAAAAGAAAAAAAAAAAAGAAAAAAGAAGCUAAUGCUUGCCUUGAUUGUGUUAUAAGUUCUACUUGCUUGGAAAGUUUUCAAACUUCAUUCGUUGUAUGCAAGCUCCAAUUCAUGUAUAUCCAGGCAUAUAAUUGGAAGCAUUGCCCAAAGUCCUGUCAUUUGUUUAGAUUCAAAAGGGUAAGCAGGUUUUGUGUGCUCGAAAACAAACUAAUCUUGGCAAUGAUUGCAUCUCAACUCCAAAAUACCUUGAACCAUACCUGUGAACAUUACAUGAGGUUAUGUGAAUAGCACCCGGGAUUUUAUGGGCACUUUUUUUUCGAAAUUCCGGUUGUUGACUGUCAUGAAAAAAGUAUAUUAUGGGAUUGCCCGCUUUGGCUGGUAGAAGAAAACAGACUUUGUUCAAACCUGUUCGGGAAAGAAUCUGGUAUAAGAUUACGAGCUGGAAGGAGAAGCUGCUUUUCUCAAGCUGGGAAAUAAAUUCUGUUAAAAUCGGUGAUUCAAGCAAUUCCCUCUUAUUCUAUGAGUGUGUAUCGUAUGCCAUUGUAUUUGUGUCACGAAUUAUCAGGACUUUUAGCUCGUUUCUGGUGGAGUCGAAUAAAAGGAAAGAGUGGGAUUCCUUGGUCUCAGCUGUGUCAAUGUAAAUUGAUGUCCGACCUUAUCACAACUGAUGGGUUAUGCAAUUAUCAUUUGAUUAAUUACUAGUUCCUUCUAGUGCA